AUGGUUGUAGAAGAUCCCGUUUCUGAACUGUUUGCUGCAUGCAAAUCCGCCGAUACAGUUCGCUUAGCUGCUCUAUUAAAGGCUGGAUGUGAUCUCUUUGUGACCGAUGAAGAAACUGGACGCUGGCCUUUACAUUACGCUGCUGAAAGUGGAAGUCUAGAGUGUGUCCAACUAUUAAUCUCAAAUCAUCAUCCCUGGAAUGUAGUCGACAAACAAGGCAUAACCGCCGGUGAAAUCGCAAAGUCGCUACAUUUCGACAUUUAUCACGAACUAGUGGAGGAGGGUGUCCGUGCUGAACUCAUAUUUGGGCUUAUUGGGCGUAAAGAAAAGGACGCAGAUAUGAAGGCCGCUGAUGACGAUAAUGUAAACGAGACUGAUGCAGUAGAGGAGAAUGAUGAGGCCAAGGACUACUUAUCUCAACCCCUCCAUAUUACGCCAGACAAAAUCCUCGACGCCAACAACGACGCCGUAAUGAUGGAAUGGGAAACCCCACUCAUGCAGCACCACGCCGACAUCCUCUGUCCCAUCUCAGGCCUCCAUGUCCUCAACGUCGGCUUUGGAAUGGGAAUCAUAGACAGGAUGCUUCAAGCACAUUCCCCAGCAUCCCACACCAUAAUCGAAGCACAUCCAGACGUGUACAAGAAGAUGGUGCUAGACGGAUGGACGACCAAACUAAACGUGAAGGUUGUUUUUGGGAAGUGGCAGGAUGUUAUAGAAGACUUGGGUGAAACAUAUGAUGCGAUAUUCUUUGAUACAUUUGGAGAGUACUAUGCGGAUUUGAGGGAUUUUCAUGAGCAUGUAGCUAAUCUGUUGAAUGAUGGAGGGAUUUACUCCUUUUUUAACGGGUUGGGUGGCCAUAACGUAUUCUUUCAUGAUGUGUAUUGUAGAGUUGCAGAGCUGGAUUUGGAAGAUAUGGGGUUGUCGGUUGAGUAUGUACCGAUACAGUUUACACCGCCGGGUGAUCAGGUCUGGGAAGGUGUAAAUCGACCAUAUUGGGUACUGGGGCAGUAUAAUCUGCCAGUGUGUAGGCUCAUAACAGAUAUAUAG